AUGUCCGCCAUAGAUGAUUCACAGAGCGAUUUAAGACCCUUUCCAGUGGACUCCAAUGACGGAUCUAGUCAACCUGAUGGUUAUGGUAGCAUAGAACAAGAUGAAAGGGCGUUUAGAAGACCCAGGAGUGAUACUAUGUCCACAAUACGGAGUGGAAUAGAGAUUGUCAGAGAGAAUAUGGAUCGCUGGAAGUUCUUGUAUCUUAUUCUCGCAAGUCUGUUCAUAUACUUAUCUUUCAUAGCAGCAUUUGCCCCACGUACAUCAUUGGCGAGGGACUUAAGAAGGUUUCAUUCUGCAAGGAUGACUCAAUCUGAGGUAUACAGAAUAUUCUUGGAUACCCUCUUAUAUGAAAAUAAGGCAGAGCAGCAUCACGAUGCUAUUUCAAAAACCAAUGGUACUAGUUAUAUCAAAAAUUAUUUAAUUGACUUAGGCUUUGAAAUUAAGAAUGAUUCAUAUUAUGCAUGGGUGAAUACACCAGUUAAACAGCAAGUCAGGGUUAUUCAGGAUGAUGAGGUAAUUUAUCAGGCUAAAUUAAAGGAAGAUCUUACUGGUGUAUCACAUAAUGCCUUUCAUGGCUAUUCGAAAGAUGGUAAAUUAACAGCAAGAUUUGUGUAUUGCAAUUACUGCACUAUAGAGGAUUACACAAAAUUGGUUAACGAUAAAAUUGACAUAGAAGGAAAAGUACACAUAUGCAAAUAUGGAAUAAAUGCCCCUGGAAAUAAAUUAAAAAAUGCUGAGUUAUAUGGAUCAACUGGUGUAUUAAUAUUUACAGAUAUCAAUGAAAUCCCUAACAUGCCGGUGAACUAUGGCACUAUUAACUCGAGCGAGACGAAUAGUUAUGAUGAUGCUAUACAGAGGGAUACAGUUAGGUUUGGAUCUGAUAUAUUUGGCGACCCAACUACCCCUGGGUAUGCCGCUCUAUAUCCUGAUACCGAAAGAAUGAAUCCAAACGAUUACAUGCCGUCAAUACCAUCUUUACCAAUUAGUUAUAGAGAUGCAAGCAAAUUGCUUGAUAUGCUACAUGCAAAAGGUAGUUUUUGGGUUUCAAAUGAUGGGGUAAAUUCAGCUAAGCUGUUCAGUGGUCCUUCAGAUCCUAAUACUGAAGUUCAGUUGGUUAAUAGACAGGAGUAUGGCGUUCAACAAAUCGAUAACAUAAUUGUAGAAAUACCAGGUAUAUUAUCUGAGAAUGACAUUUUGAUAGGUGCACACAGAGAUGGUUUUCCCAUCGGCAACGGAACAUCUAGUAUGAGCUCACACAGUGGGAUAGCUGUACUAUUGGAGUUUGCGAGAGGUAUUAGCAAACUGAGGAAAAAAGGUUGGAAACCAUUACGUACAAUAAAAUUUGUCCUAUGGGAUGGUUUACACAACUCCCAAUUAGGCUCUAGUAGUUUUGGAACUAGAUACGCCACCUCACUCAAAAGAGACUCGUUGCUGUAUGUCAAUUUAGACAACGCUAUUGCUGGCCAGUAUUUUAAUGUCAAAGCCAAUCCAAUGCUAAUUUCGGCUAUCACGGAAGCGUCAAAAAAUAUUGACUACAAAAAAAAUGAAGACUGGUCAUUAUUUCAAGAAUGGUACAACACUUCAAAUGCUAAGGUCGAUUCUUUGGAAGGAGUCAAUGACUAUUCGGUUUUUCAAUUCUACCUUGGUAUUCCCGUUGUAAACUUUAGUUUCAACUCUCGUACUUCGAACCAACCUCAAUUUCCCAUUAACACCGGCUACGAUAAUAAGGAGUGGUUAAUUAGAUAUGUUGACCCAGAGUUCUUACUACACAAUACAUUAUCGCGGUUUUUAGGAAUGUUUGUUUUGAUGGUCAGUGAAACAGAGCUGUCAUACUAUAACCCACAUCCAUUCUUCAAGCAUUUGAAUAUUCAAUUUGAUAAAGUAAAGAGAUUUGCGGAAAAGACUUUCAGUAGAAACGAGAAAUUACUAUACAAGCUCGAUAGCCUUGGCAAAUUGAUUAAGGAUAUCGCAGAUUAUGACAGUAAAUACUAUGAACGAAGAAAUAAAGAAGUAGCUGAUGGAGUGUCCUCUGAACUACCAAUUUGGGCAUUUGUGCGAAAAUAUCGAGUAUUCUUGAGCUUGAUUAGAGCAAAUAAAAAACUACGAGAAAUUGGAAAAGUUUUUCUAACUAAUAAUGGUAUUGAAGGCAGGCCUUUGAUGAAGAGCUCUUUGUUUGCGCCGAAUCUUGAGAACUCGACUGAGAUAAUGAUGUUUCCAGGCCUUCUUGAAGCAACAAAGCAAAAAGAUGUUCAAAAAGCAAUGAAGUCGUUAAUUGUAUUGGAAGCACAAUUCCUGAAUGUGCGCUAUUUGUUAUUGUGA